UUGUUCAUGCCAUGAAACAUGGAGAAAAGUGACAAUCCGAACUUUGUUUGAACCUAUAGAAAGUACAAGAUAUUAAUAUGAUUUUAAAAUUGUGACAUUAAGGAAGUGUUCUUUUUUUGUAAUUCGCGAAGAAAUUAAAGUAAAAAAUGACAACAAAAGAGAAGGGAGAUGUAGAAAUUAUAGAAUUUGAAACUGAUUCUGAUAUUUCGAAGAGGAAACUUUCUGUAAAAUUUGUGAUAAAGGCUAUUUUAGUCCGGGUAUUACUGGUUACACACAGCAUUGUGACAAUCUGGAGGACGACAGACGUUCUGAACAAUAAUUACUACUGGUGUCUAGCUAUCACUAACAUCCUUCUGAUCAUUGAUGGUCUAUACACAGUCAUCAGGCUCAAAGGACAGGAACGAAAAUGGUUCUGUCCUUGUUUCCUAUUUUACCUGUUCAGUGUCGUUCCUGCCUUAUGGCUGUUGGAGAUAGAUCGUGUUAAUAAGUACGACGAUCUGAUCAGCAAUGACAACAUCACCGACAAUGUCCAGGAGUUGUCUCAGAUUCAAGGGGUCAGCAUCCCCAUAAAGCUGGACCCAGACACGUGGAGAGAGGUCUUAGAACAGUCUAUGCUGUUCAUCUUGAUAAUCGGAAGAUGGAUGCUUCCCAGGGGAACUCUAACACGUGAUCAACUCUCACAGCUUCUUUUUGUGUAUAUUGGCUCUGCCUCUGAUGUCAUGGAACUCUUUGUCGUGUUCGAAGAGCCGGAAAUUCGCUCCGACACAGUCCUGACGUACAUUAUAUUUUCCGUUUGGACGUUAAGUCUGCUUCAGUUUACGUUAGUCCUGACAGCUACACGAGACAGCAGACGAUCACAGGCUGUCGUUGAAGAGGAUGGAAACGAGAUGUUCAAAAGAAGACAGGGAUGCGGGGUGUGUUCGUGUGGUAAACUCUUUGAACUCGAGAUCUGGAGUCUGAUGAUUUCCAUCUUGAUUAUGGACGGGCCAUUUUUGGCAGUAAGGGUGUAUGCUUUAGCUCGAUACCAGUUAAUUACGUUUGGUAUCUUGUUUUUUGUUUGCAAAAACUCACUAAUGAUUGCUCUUUUGUUCUAUCGCAUCGUUGUUGUUUGUCAUAAAAUUUAUUUUGAGGAGGAGGACGACAAGGACAAUGUCAGCGGGAAAAACAACCGUGUGGGUGACAUACAGACUGUAAACAGUAAGAAAAGGACAAUCAUGAAGAAGGAGUCCAACUUGUCUACGCGCCCAAGCUCGUCAUCAACCAAAGUAACAAAUCUUGACGAUGUAUGGUAAGCCAUGGUAACAUGGCGAGGACAGAAUUUGAAUUUGAAUGUGCAGUUAAAUUUUAGGUCUUUGUAUAAAAUGAAAUUGUUAUUAAGGUUUUAUAUGGUGGAUCUUAAAUAAAAUUUUUCCCUUCUCUA